AUGCCUCCAAUAAGCCCUCCCCUUAGCUGUCCGGUCGUGUCCGGCACCGAGAGCUCCUGGUCAAAUAACAAAUGGCCAGAGCAAAGAGGGGAGGCAGCGCAUACUAUCUCGGAAGAGUGUGAGAGGCUCUUCUGUGACAAGCUGUCGGCGAUUUUCCUUGGUGAGAGGAGUCGUGCGAGACGAGCGUCACUAGAGAUGGAUGCGUAUGAUCGGGUCUCUCGGUCCAACCAGUCCAGAGCGAGCCACAACCAAAUCCAGAGAUGGCUCGAAGUGUGGAAUUAUGCGUCCGAUGAUAUCUAUCGGGGCUUUGUGACACGGAACAAUCCAAGAACGCUCUUCGUGUUCUUCGAAGGCAACGCGCUGGGCUACGGAUUGAAAUCUGGAUUAAUGGCUCUUUUUGAGCUGGCAAGCAUGCCUGGCUUUGAUUGCAGUCAGAUAGUUGCAUGCGUUAGUCGCUCAGUGGUUACAGCUGAGUUCGACACAGUCAGGGACCUGGGCUGGUGCGGGUUCAACCUAACAACUUUGGAGCAGACACUUGCUCUAGACAGCGCAGAACCCUCUGUUCUUUUCUUUGUUCAUUGCAGGACGUGUAAAAAGAGAAACUCAUCAUCAUCAUCAUCAUCCAUAUUUCCUACCUUUCUCCUCCCAUCCGCACCUUUUGGUAAUAAACAACGACGGCCGAACAGCCAAGCGGACAAAAUCGAGGGUCCUAAUACCAACUACCGGAAUAAUCAUAAUCAUAACAGCACCAGCACCAGCACCAGCACCAGGUACCUCGAUGGCCAUAUCUCAUAUAUCCAAUGUGCUCGAUGCGCAGCCGAUCUCUGCCUCACGUCUCAGAUCAUCAGUAAAGGCUUCACGGGCCGGCAUGGGCGCGCAUAUCUCGUCUCUGCUGAUUCCGUCACGACGGCUAUAUCCAUGACUUCAUCGUCUUCGCCGACAGCAUCUCUCCCCAAUACGGUCACGCAUAAGCCUGUUCCGCGACAGCUGGUAACCGGUGCUCAUACGGUUAGUGAUAUCAGUUGUCUUCUCUGCGGCAGUAUCUUAGGCUGGAAAUACGUGGCUGCGGAAGAGGAGAGCCAGAGAUAUAAGGUCGGCAAGUUCAUUUUAGAGACACAGCGGAUUGUUACAACUUCGCGGUGGGAUGGAUGUGCGAAUAACGACCUCGACGUCGACAGUCCGGGAAAGGCCCGAGACGAUGAUGAUGAUGAUGAUGAGAGUCUGCAUGAUAAUGUGGAAUUUGAUAGCCAAGACGAAGAUGAGUGCGAGGACUUGUUUGCUGGGGUCUGGAGCCCUGGUUUAGCAACACGCAGAAGAAGCCGCAAGUUUGACAGACGAUCUACGAUGUAUGGCGCUGGCUAA